AUGAUUGAUUCCGAUUAUCCUGCAGUUACGUUACCUGAAGAACCGUAUCACAAAAUUCUGCUCAAAGCCAUCAAGCAUCACAUUGACCAUGGCAAAAACAAGAUCGCUUUUGUAAGUGAUCCGAGAGAUGCUUAUGCAGUUGCUGCCUUCCUUUAUUCCAAAGGAUUUGAGAAAAGUGUCGCCUGUGCGGUGAUUCCGAAUCUGUGGCACUACUCGUCGUUCUUCCUCGGAGUCGCCUUGAGAGGCGGGGCUGUCUCUGGAGCAUCAGCGAUGUUCACCGACUAUGAAUUGCAGAGGCAAUUCGUUGAUUCCGGAGCCAAAGUCGUACUUACAUCUGAGCAUUAUCUGGACAAGGUUCUCAAGGCAGUAAAGGACAGUCCCAAUGUCAAGGUGAGUGCUUUUUCUUUGUAUGUACCUGAUGGAGUAGUUAGCUGGAAUCUCGUUAUGAAGUCACGAUACACACCAUCUAUUCCAGAACCCCAUAUUGAUGUCGACAAGGACAUGAUCAUCCUACCGUACUCCAGUGGUACAACUGGAUCGCCCAAGGGUGUAAUGUUAUCGCACCGGAACUUCGCCACUAUGAUGGAGAUUUAUGCCAAGCAUGAAGCAACGAACAUCGUGUGCGUGUUGGAUCCCAAUUGGGACUAUGGAAAUGAGAAAAUUCUUCUUUUUCUACCAUUCUACCAUGCAUACGGCUUUGGUUUGAUAAAUUACACACUUCUCGUUGGCAGUACUGGUAUCAUAUUCAAAUCGUUCGAACCACAUAGCUUCUGUAGAGCAAUUCAGGAUCAUAAGGUAAGAGUGUAG